AUGGCCACUACCAACCCGUUGCCGACGCAUAUGCCCAACCCCUACACUCCUUUGGCAUUUCUGCAGCCUGCCAUGGCCAAUGACUUUGAGGGUUCGCGUUAUCUGUAUGUUGCCACCCUCUCUGCAUUCACCUUGGACUGGAUGAUGGCAUGGCCGGACGAGUAUAGGAUCAUUGUCAAGGCUCCAAUUCGUCUCUCCAACAUCAUUUAUUGCAUCUCUCGAAUCUUCGCGUUCACCUACAUCCUGACAAAUACUAUCUUCCAGAUCGCUUCGGUAGGCUCUUGCCAGGCCCUUCAAGUUGCAUUGGCCUCUUGCUUCACCGUCGGCGUCCCAGCUACCUCUGCACUCUUCUAUCUUCGCAUCUGCGCAGUCUUUCGUAACUCUCGGCCUAUCAUCAUAAUUUUCGGGCUCUUAUGGCUUUCGAUUCUCGCCACCUGCCUCACAAUUCCAUUUGCUAUCGGAGGCACACAUAUCGGGACAACAGACAGAUGCAUCAAUAGCAAAGUGAAACCGUUCAGUUCCUCCGCCAUAAUUACCAACACUGUCAACGACACGUUCGUUUUCCUGGCUAUUUCAUUCCGGCUUGUCUCCUUCUCGAUGCAAGGCAACACCAUUGGAGAUCGAUUCAGGUCGUUCGUCCGAGGUGACGGACUGCCAAAAUUCUCGAAAUUGCUCCUCCAAGGUGGUCAAAUGUAUUACUUCGCCACCGUCGCUCUGAACAUCCUGACGAUGGCGAUGAUCCUCUCGCCGAGCAUGUCGCCUGUCUUCCGCGCGAUGUUCACUAUCCCGAACGUCGCGCUGGAGAAUGCCAUGGCGACGCGCGUGUUCCGCGCGGUUCACCUGGGUCUCAUCUCCGAUGUGGACACGUCCCCGCAUAGCUCUGGCCCGUCGCGCGGGCUCGCAUGCAUGAACCACGGCUCGGGCAGCGGCGCCCACCCCAGUCGCGGGUCCGGCUGCGAUGUAUACCCGCUCGAGACUCGCGUGUUCGACCACCACGUCACGCUCGGGAACCACAUCCAGAUCACGAAGACGAUGGAGACGCACCACGAUGUGGAUGACUUGCCCGCGAAGCGGGAAUCGCUGACGGACGUCGAAUCCGGGCUGGGUCAGGUUUAG